CUGUGUGACAUCACAGUGGGCAGGCCAGAGGCCUGGCUCCGUGCUCCACGGCUGGAGAGCGGCAGGUUGGAGUGGCCAGUGUCCGCUUUGACCCCACGCUUGGUGUCCACUUGGAGGGUAACUGCAGCGCAACUGGGCUCCGUCGGGGUCAUGGUCCACAGGUGCCCUUGACCCCAGCUGUCCUCCGCUGGCCACGAUGAGAUAUGCACCAGAAUUCAAAAAGUCCCCCUCGCACCUCCUGAAGAAGUUUGCAGUGUGCGACAUCCCCCUCUAUGACAUCUGCGACUACAACGUCACCAGAGACCGCUGCAAGGAGCUCGGCUGCUGCUUCUAUAAAGGCGUCUGCUACGAGAAAGCAGUUCCCACCUACGUGCAGGUGUUCUCGGCCCUGAUAAUCAUCGUGGCCGUGGCCUUCGUCGUCACCAUCAUCUACAGGUGGUUCCUGCGGGCGCAGGCGCAGAGCUGGGGGAGGCAGCCUCAGCAGAGGGUGGCCCAGGAGAGCCGGAAAGAGAAGGAGGUCUCUGCCGGGCAGACCUUGUCACCCAGGACCAGUGAGAAGUUGGGGGACACCCCCUCUGGGGAGACCCUGCCAGUCACGAGCACGGGGCUGUCUCAGUCGGGCACGGAGGAACGAGGGGAGGAAGCGACCGUGACCAUCACACACGCGGAGGAGAGCUUGGACUAGGUGGCCGGCGGGCGCUGCCGCGUGGGCCAUGCGUGAUGAUGCCCCGGGGGGAAUAAAGAUAUUUUGCAGGCUGCUUGCUGGCCGUGUCUUCCUU